AUGGUGGACCUGUCCAUGAUCGACAUGGAAUGGCUCCAAGAGCCAUUGAGAUGGCUGUUUGUUGCCUCGGUCAUCUUCGUGUUGCUGCAGCGGCGGCGUGGCAAGGCGCCGCCGCUGCCCCCAGGACCGUAUUCACCGCCGAUUGUCGGCAAUAUCUUCAUGAUGGACCAGCUGACUCACCGGGGCUUCGCAGCGCUGGCCAAGCAGUAUGGCGGCCUUCUCCACCUCCGCCUUGGCAAGGUCCACACCUUCGCCGUGUCGACGCCGGAGUACGCCCAGCAGGUGCUGCAGGCCCAGGACGCCGCCUUCUCGCACCGGCCAGCAACCAUCGCCACCACCUACCUCACCUACGACCGUGCGGACAUGGUGUUCGCCCGCUACGGGCCAUUCUGGCGCCAGAUGCGCAAGCUGUGCGUGAUGAAGCUCUUCAGCCGGCGCCGUCCUGGGACCUGGCUGGCCGUGCGCGACGAGUCUGCGGCCCUCGUCCGUGCCGUGGCCCGGCGGAGCGGUGAGCCCGUCAACCUCGGCGACCUCAUCUUCAACCUCAGCAUGAACGUCACCUUCCGCGCGGCGUUUGGCGCUGAAGCCGCCGGUGACGGUGAUGGCCGGAAGCAGCACGAGUUCAUCGCUAUCAUGCAGGAGUUCUCCAAGCUCUUCGGCGCGUUCAGCAUCGGCGACUUCAUCCCGUGGCUCGGCUGGGCGGACCCACAGGGCAUCAACGUGCGCCUCCGCGCCGCGCGCACCGCCCUCGACGAGUUCAUCGACAAGAUCAUCGACGAGCACAUAAAGAGGGGCAGGAACCCUGACGACAUGGACGCCGACAUGGUAGACGGCAUGCUCGCGUUCCUCCCUGAAGCCAAGCCGGACAAGGCCGCGGGCGACGACCUGCACCACACGCUCCGCCUCAACCGUGACAACAUUAAGGCCAUCAUCAUGGACGUGAUGUUUGGCGGGACGGAGACGGUGGCAUCGGCAAUCGAAUGGGCAAUGGCCGAAAUGAUGCACAGCCCAAAUGAUCUCUUGCAACUGCAGCAGGAGCUCGCCGACACGGUGGGUAUCGACCGAAAUGUGGACGAGCCGGACCUCAACAAGCUCUCCUUUCUCAAAUGUGUGAUCAAGGAGACACUCCGGUUACACCCUCCCAUCCCGCUGCUCCACCGCGAGAAUGCCGAGGACUGCGUGGUUGGCGGCUACUCCGUGCCCCAGGGCUCGAGCGUCAAUAUCAAUGUCUUCGCAAUGGGCCGCGACACCAAGGUGUGGAAGGACGCCGACACAUUCCGUCCGUCACGGUUCAUGGAGGGGGAAGGGGAGGCAGCGGGGGUCGACUUCAAGGGCGGGUGCUUCCAGUUCCUGCCAUUUGGGUCUGGUCGUCGUUCGUGCCCCGGGAUGGCUCUCGGCCUGUACUCGCUGGAGCUCGUUAUUGCGCAGCUCGCCCAUGGGUUCAACUGGGCGCUGCCAAACGGUGAGAAGCCGUCGGUGCUCGACAUGAGUGACAUUUUCGGCCUCACCGCACCACGUGCCACAAGGCUCUGGGUCGUGCCCACGCCCCGACUUACCUGCCCUUUGGUUGUUGAUGUCUGA